AUAAAAUAAAAGAAAGCGACUGAAAAACUGACAGACAACCCAAUCGUCAAACACCACCGAAUCCUCUCUCUCCCAUCUCCCUUUUCUUUAUCUAAUCUGAGAAUCAUUUAAUCGCCGCCUGUUUUUCUUAAUAUCCGGCGAUCUCUUCCUCUCAGCCGCGCCGAAUUAUUUCUCGCCGCUCCUCUUCACAGAUCCUUUCAUCAAUGGAGUCUUGAUCAGGGUGACAGGGGUUCUCUUCCCUUUACAUGCCAUAAGCAAGCUUUUGGAUCAUAUGAAGUGGUUUCUGGGUUCGUUUUGUAGUUGUGAUUCAAAGCUAGAAUCGUGUGGUGAACCCUGGAGAAUUAAAUUCUUUUCCAAGUAGCUUUCUAGGCAUUGUGUUGCGUCUUGGCUUUUCGCAGUAGUAGAGUUUACAAAUGGCAGAAGGAGACGAGCAGCUUGAACUUAAAUUCAGAAUUUUUGAUGGGACGGACAUAGGUCAUGGGUCAUACUCUUCAUCAACUACAAUUGCUAAUCUUAAGCAACGGCUUCUUUCUGAGUGGCCUCAAGAUAAAUCCGUUGUACCAAAGUCUGUUAGCGAUAUGAAAUUAAUCCAUGCUGGAAAGGUUUUGGAUAACGGGAAGACACUAGCCGAGUCUCGAGCGAAUGUGGGUGACCUCCCAAGCGGGGUUAUCACAAUGCAUGUUGUUGUUCAGCCUGCAGUUGUCAAGAAAAAGACAGGUAAGAACCAGACGGAUAAAGAAAAACAGGGCCCGUGUUCGUGCACUAUCCUUUAGAGAAACUAUCAUGUCAUGUCAGCAAGGCCAACUUCUAGUCGGAAAAGAAAAGGUAAAAAAGUAAACAAAAUAGAAAAGAAGGUGUUGUGUAGCAUUGGUGAUGACGCUUGAAGAAAGGUAAUGAAACAACGUUGAGAACUUGGAACCUAGACUUUCAUACAUGUAAUCUAUAUUUUCUUCGGCAUCUUUGUGAUAGUUUUUACACUUUGGAUUGGGACGUGGUUUUGUUUUCUGCACUGAGCUUCAGUCAGUUUGAUAACUGAAGUUGAGAUGAAAGAUUUAGUGUUGAAAAUUGAUGAAAAUGUAUAUCGUGAAAUACAAUAUAUGCUAUUUUCGUACAAAUGAAGUAUGAGACGAGGUUAUUAUAUAUUUAUCUUCGAUUGUUAGUUGGAAGUGUUCUGUCAAUUGUUUUCUAUUUUGAAACUCCAGCCUCGUUCGCUUAUUCUCGGGAGGAGGUACUUCAUGUCUUGGAAAUAUACAUGUCUUGGAAAUAUACUUUCGGUGUUUAAUUUUGUAAAUUGAUUGAGUCUUGUGCUUUUGAGUUGACAUUCUUGUCCCUA